CCUUCAAAGAAAGAAAGCGAGAGAAUAGGAGGAUGAACCCGGGAAGACAAGGGUGGCAACAUCAGCUGGUCCAGAGAUGCGCGGACAGCUGCCUGAUCCGACCUGUGCCGCAGUGAACAUAAUCUCAUAAGCGCUUCUGUCCAUCCGCUACUCUGGUGCAGGACGGCUCUGAAGGGAGAGGGAAAAAAAGUGCGUGCGGAUUGUUUUCUUGAGAAUCAUGCUCAUUUCUCACUUGUCGGAGCAGAAUAGCGUCAGCCGCUGAUUUCAGUGAGUCAGAGUGCGGGAUGGGGAGAGGGAGGAAAGACCGCUGCGCACUUUCUAUGUCCCGUGAUGUGUCUUCGCAGCGGCUGGUGAGUGGCACAGUUUCAACAUCCUGGUCUAUAGGCCGGGGAGGAUUUGCUUGAGGAACGUAUUUUUGCCGCGGGAAUCUGAUGCAAGGCGGAUGAAGGGGAUUCUGUGAGCUCCGGCCGGCGAUGACAUCAGGCUGAUGUGUUGCAGUGAGGUGGUCUGGAAGGCGUGAGGUGGCGUGGAGCAAUGCGUGCAUCCUCCGACCUGGACGCCUUCAGGAGAACGACCUACGUUCUGAACAAAUUCAAGACAUUAGGCCACUGAUCCUGAGCUGAGCUGGCCAACUGCGUCACUGCAAGUGCAGGUAGGCUGCAAACUCCCCUACCUAGUCGGGAGAGGAGCAUGCUCCCCAGCCCUUCCUGCACCAUGUCGCCGGUUAGUGUCUUGACAAUCUAAGGGGGGAUGAAUUCAGCUGACAUCUCCAGCAAAGAUCCGCCGCUCGGAUCCACGUUUUCCUCAGCUCCUAACCUAGACUCGGACAUUAACGCAAACGCGUGCGGGCAUGUGUAUGAGAAUGGGAUGGACCACAAUGUCAACAUCCAGAACGCAGCGCUCCGCGGGGCCAGCGACCCCAGCUCAUACCCCUCCACGGAGUACCAGGGGCUGGGCCGCCGCAGGUUCAUCCGCCGGAGUCUGUGGGUCUCGGACCACGACGAGCAGCCGCUGGAUACAUCGGAUCUCGUCAGCAGCAGCCCGGUACCCAACAUCGAUCUGCGGACUAUUGUGGAUCGGAGUCGGACCCGGGCUCUGCUUCCAGAGACCUCCAGCACGGAGAGACAGGAGGGGCUGAAGGACAGCGCCACGGAAAGCGUGAGCGCCGAUGAGGAGAGUGGGGACAGGUUGGAGACGGGGCCCAAGGUGGACCCGGGUCCAUCAGAUGUUACAGGUAAAGCAGGCAGCGACGAGAACGAAGAGGAGCCCGGGAUGAAGGCUGUGUCCACCUCCCCCGGAGGACGCUUUCUGAAGUUUGACAUUGAGUUGGGGAGAGGGUCUUUCAAGACCGUCUACAAAGGUCUGGACACGGACACCUGGGUGGAAGUGGCCUGGUGUGAACUGCAGGAAAGGAAACUAUCCAAAGCAGAGAGGCAGCGGUUCAAAGAGGAGGCAGAGAUGCUGAAGGCCCUGCAGCACCCCAACAUCGUGCGAUUUUAUGACUUCUGGGAGUCACCAGUAAAAGGGAAGAAGUGCAUCGUCCUUGUGACAGAGCUAAUGACAUCAGGAACACUGAAAACGUAUCUAAAGCGCUUCAAGGUUAUGAAGCCCAAAGUCCUGAGAAGGUGGUGUCGGCAGAUUCUCAAAGGCCUUCAUUUCCUCCACACAAGGACGCCUCCCAUCAUCCACAGAGACCUCAAGUGUGACAACAUUUUCAUCACUGGUCCAACUGGCUCUGUCAAAAUAGGAGACCUUGGAUUAGCAACACUAAAGAGGGCCUCUUUUGCCAAAAGUGUUAUUGGUACUCCAGAGUUUAUGGCCCCAGAGAUGUAUGAGGAGCACUAUGACGAGGCUGUGGAUGUCUACGCUUUUGGGAUGUGUAUGCUGGAGAUGGCCACCUCAGAGUAUCCUUACUCUGAGUGUCAGAAUGCUGCUCAGAUCUACCGCAAAGUCACAAGUGGGGUGAAGCCUGCCAGCUACGGCAAAGUCAGUGACCCAGAAAUAAAGGAAAUUAUUGGGGAGUGUAUCUGCCACAGAUGGGAGGAACGGUACUCCAUCAAGGACCUCCUGAACCAUGCAUAUUUUGCCGAAGACACAGGAGUUAGGGUUGAGCUAAAUGAAGAGGACGAUGGAAAAAAAUCGACCAUUGCUUUAAAGUUGUGGGUUGAAGAUCCUAAAAAGUUAAAGGGAAAAUAUAAGGACACUGGUGCUAUUGAGUUUACCUUCAACUUGGAGAAAGAAGUUCCAGAAGUAGUUGCACAAGAAAUGGUGGAGUCAGGAUUUUUCUUGGAAUGUGAUGUGAAGAUAGUUGGUAAAUCUAUCAGAGACCGUGUGGCUUUAAUAAAAUGGAGGAGGGUAAGGACCGGCUCACCAAAUGGAAACAGUGAAGUGAAGAAGAUGCAGCAGAACCUUCUGCUGGUCCCUGGUACUGGUCCACCUGAGGAAACCAUAUUCACCACUGCAGAUUGUGAGGACCAAGAAACUCUGAUCUGCACUGUUCCUGUAAUCACACCUGCCACAUCUGACAGCGGAGUGAACUCCAACAUGCAAUCUGACGAUCUGAGCAAUCAGCAGAAUUGUCCCUACCAGUCACUUCCAGAAUCCAUUUCUACUGCACAGACUCUCUACAGUCCUCCUUCACAAACAGACUCCCAGAUGCACCACGGAUCCUACCAGCAAUCUGCAGGACAGGCCUCGCAUGAAAACAACAAACAGCCAACCACACAGUCACUCCAGGGAGCCUACCAGCAACCCACAGCAGAUCAGCUGCAUCAUGGGACCUUCCAACUGCACCACGGGCCUUUUCAGUGUCAAACAACGGUUUCUGCUCCAGCUACUCCAGUGCCCCCUGUGCAGCAGAGCAGACAGACAUCCCAGAGUUUCCCAGCCGCAGCCCCGACUCUGCAGACGCAUCUCACUGUCCAGUCCACCCAGGAGCAGUGUUGUCUCCAAACAGCUGCCGUCCCGUCUCAGUUGUUUUCUGCUGAUCAGCCGUCGUCACAGCUGAGUCCUCCUGAUUCCUCUGGCAGGUUUCCGCUCUGCAGUGCUCCUCCCCCUCUCCUGCCCCUGCCCAUCAGCACACAGUUUUCCUCUCCAUAUCCUGUCGUUCACAUGCCCGCUCCCUUUUCCCCGGCUUCUCUGCCGUCCACCUUCAGCAGCAGCGACGCUGCUAUGUCUACCUCUUACUACUCACCUUCACCUCUCCUUGCCCCCCUUGCUCUCACUCCCCACACAGCUCUGACAUCUAUACCUUCUCAUGGGACUCCUCAGACUCCCAUGUCCACACCUCAAAAUGUCCCCAGUUUGUCUCUCCCUUUUCCUUACCUGGGAAUAGCCAAGUCCCCUGUGGUGCCACAGCAGCAGGCUGGCCCACACACAUCUCAGCAGCACACCAGUAGCCUCCAUUCCACCCAUCCCUUACCUUUCUCCCAGGUACAACCCACCCCAUUCCCUGCCCCCCACCCUGAGCAGGAACUGGCUGACCAGCCUGUCCAGGUGGCUGCUCCCCAUGGGACUCUGAUAGAUGUUCAGCAUUUGGAAACAGCUCCCCCUGUCUUAUCCACUGGACAGACUCCUGUAUGGGGAAGCAGAAUGGACACAGAUUCUCCUGCAGCUGCAGCGCCUCCAGUCCCUGCUCCAGCCUCAAUUUCCGUCUCGACUACGGUUCAGCUUGAAGCCAAAGCCCCGGUGCGAACUCCGCCUCCAGUUCCAGGGUCAGCUCAGGCUCCAGCAGCACCUCAGACUCCAGCACAAGCUCAAAAAACACUGCAGCCUGUGGCCUCAGCCCAACUUCAGGCACCAAUAUCUGCAUCGACUUUCACUGUCGAGCUCACAAUGGUCUCCUCUGUGAGCUCAGCUGCAUCGCAGAUCUCCACCCCGGGUUUGGUCUCAGACUCAGCUCCUGUCAGUCUGUCAGCGCCGAGUCAGGCUGCGGCUCCUGCUGGAGUUUCAGUUCUGCAGCCCGCUGGCGUCCACACAACAGUCCCAGUGUCCGAGUCCACCAGCCUGGCUCAGCAUAACGUGGAGGCAUCAUCCGUCCCUGGGAGCUUUCAGCAGGAGAGCUGCACAGAGGAGGUUCUUCGUGACAGAGCAAUAUCACUAUCCAGUUACACCUACGACAGUGUUAACUCCGACGUAGCCUCGGGUCGGGAAACAAGCGAUGGCUAUGAAAGCUUAGUAAGUGGGAGCAAAGGUGACACAAAACCCAGGAAACAUCAUCGCAAGUCUGCUCGCACACGUUCCAGGCAAGAGAGGACCAGCAAACCCAAGCUGAGCAUGCUCAAUGUUUGCAACACUGGUGACAAAAUGGUUGAAUGUCAGCUGGAGACUCACAACCACAAAAUGGUAACAUUUAAGUUUGACCUGGACGGAGACGCUCCGGAGGAAAUUGCCAUCUACAUGGUGGAGAACGGUUUUAUUUUGCUGUUAGAGAAGGAGAGCUUCAUUGAUCAGCUGAAAGACAUUGUGGACAAAGCAGAAGACAUGCUGCAUGAAGACAUGGGGGAUGAAAUAGACACAACUUUGAGUUGCAGUCCUCUGCUGGGCCAGAUGUCUGAGGCAGGAGAGAGUCAACAGUCCGGGGCACCGCAGCCUGUAUAUCAGCAGAAUGUUCUUCACACAGGAAAGAGAUGGUUCAUCAUCUGCCCAGUGGAGGAGACGCCUCCCUGCGUUCAGGACACUCUGUCUGAGGGGACGGCGAUGCUGUCACCCGGGAGCUCAGCCAACACCCAGCCUGCUGACAGCACCACUGCAAAGCCGACCACAUCCAGAGAAGAUGGGUCGUCCUCCACAAUGUCUGGUGCAAGUGGAGGGUUUGUUCAUGAGGUUUAUGGUUUCUACAGUCCUCCAAUAACAUCCAACACUGAUCCCCUCCUCUUGGCCACCCUGUCGCCCCCCGUGUCUGCACCUGCCACUCUCCAGUCAGUGUCUGCAAUGGAGCCUGCAGGCGGUUCUCUGCAGCCCAGCCUGCAUGGAGCCAACUCAGCCAAGGCUCAAACGUUUCCCCCAUUGUUGCCCCACACUUCUUACCCAGUGGAGGACUCACAAGGAUCUCCUCUUGGGUCGCUCUCUCCUACCCAUGGAGCUCAGAAGGCCCUCGAUUUGACCCACUCAGCGACCAUUGUUGAUGAGGUGCCCUGCUGUCCACUCGUCAUGCCCCUGUCCUUAGAUGUGAACCCUCCCCAGGGCAGGUCACCUCUGACCCCUCUCCCCCUCCAGGAGCUGGGUGCCACCAAAGAGUCGACAUCUGUCUCCUACACUCCUGCAGCGCGCAGUGAGUUGCCACAGCAGCCAGUCGUCCUCCACCAGCCUUUCUCCAACGUGGGAGGCUCCAAAGUGUCCUCGCUGCCCCAGAGCCCGGCACCAUCCCAGCACGGCGCGGGGCCAAGCGAGUCUGACGGCGAAGGACGGGUCGGUCGGGGAGGUUUCGUCGACAGCACCAUUAAAACUCUGGAUGAAAAACUGAGGAACCUGCUCUACCAGGAAUAUGCGCCCAUGUAUCCAUCAGGCACCGCGGCAGAGACACCGGGAUCUGGGACAGAGUACAUCCAGUUUCCUCCGGGCCCGGACAGCGCCACUGGAGGGUCAGGAAGCAGCACCCCGGGGCCGAUAGGGGAGGGACGCUACCGGGCAGGAGAACAACUCCCUCAAAUUCCUGAGAGAAUGGAAAGCCUGAGCACUCUGAGCGACUCUGCUGUUUGUGCUUCAUUGUCAAGAAGACACGUUCCUCACUCUGUGUCUUGCUCUGGAACUAGAGGUCGAUUUAAGAUCAUCUCUCUUCCUCCUGAAGUGGCCAACAGAAGAGAUGUGAAGCAGAGGAGCUGGAGCAGCGCUGCCUCCCCUGCACACCCCGGUGGAUACAACGGAGACCCGGUUCCACCUGAAGCCUUGGCCGCCUCCACCACCAUCGGACGUUUCUCUGUGGUGAGCACAGAAGAUGACAUCACUCAGAGGACGCGCUGCAGCCGCUACUCUGCCCCGCCCGACUUCUACCUGGACACUCCCCCUCCCAUGGACUCGGGAGCAGAGAGCAGCCCUGCUAAGCUGGCUCCUGCCACUCCGUCCCAGUACGCUCGCUCUGAGCGCAGAGGAAGUGACCUCAUGAAAAGAGCAGUGGCUUUUCUCCGUCGCACUGGCCGCAGCAGCAGCGUGCAGAGCUCUGAUUCCCCGAGCAGACAUGGAGGCUUGCCUGGCUCGGCCUACGCCAGCAGCGACAAUGACUCCGAGAUGGAGGAUUCAGACAUAAAGAGGGAACUGCAGAGACUCAGAGAAAAACAUCUGAAGGAAAUCUCAGAGCUGCAAGCACAUCAACGUGGAGAGGUUGAGCUGCUCUAUCACAGACUUGGUAAGGUUCCUCCUCCUGGCCUUGGCCUCUUACAUGUUGCACCGCAUACAAGCCGCAGGAAGAGGUCCAGCAAACACAGACUGAAGCCCGGGAAACUUCUCAGCCCCCUAGUUCAGCAAUUUAGACAUGUCAAAACCAAAAGCAGCGACGCCACUAAACCAGGUGCUGCUCCAGGUCCCAGUGAGCCAGCAGUGAGUUUAAAUGGUUCUCCAGGCAGACCUUCCUUCCCGACCCACGGCAGGCCACGGUCAUGUACCAGCCACCUUCCCAGCUCGGCUUCAGAGCCGGUGCAGACUCAGCAGCCCUGCUCCCUGAAAGGCUCUAUGUCCUCCGAUAACAUCUAUGCUGGACUACAAGGAGACGUCGCCGGCACACAAGCUCAACCUGAACAGGGCUGGUCUAAUUACCCUCAACCGUCUGAGAGAGUGACCUAUAAGUCCAGUAGCAAACCACGAGCUAGAUUUCUCAGUGGGCCUGUGUCUUUGUCUAUCUGGUCAACACUCAAAAGGCUGUGUCUCGGCAAAGAGCGAGGCAGCAGGUCUGGGGCCUCAGCAUCUGGAGCCUUCAACCAGUCACAGCAAAUGCACAGUGCUACGCCUCCGCCCCAGCAGCCUGUUGUUGGCCUGGCCCAAGCUCAGGCCAACAACAGCAAUAACAAGACAGGCACAUCUAUGAGUCCCAGUGAAAACAACCUGCCUGAAGACCUACAGGUUCUGAUGGACGACUGGGCCCAGGAGGUGCUGAUUGUGACCCACCGACCUCGUACUGACUCUCUGAGUAUCAGUGGGCAGCAGCUGUGCCCCCAGGUUGUGCCUCGAACCCUUGAACAGCCGCCUCAUGCUUUAAAUACAUCACCGUGGACUCCACCCGGUCCAGAGGCUUGCGCUUUAUCCUGGCCUGAAAGUCCUGGGCCUGCAGUGAUGGCCGGCCCCUCGAACGGACCCUUUCACACGUAUCAGCUACACUCUCCUGCUGCGUUCACAACUUUACCCUCCCCUCUUUCCUUCAAUCAGUGGCCUGGGUUUUUCUUUCCAGUUUCUGCCGGGGUCUUUGCCUUUCCUGCUGUGCCCUCCACCCUCUCCAGCCCUACUUCAUCUUCAUCUCAUCAGCUGACUGACCCCAAGGCAAAGACUCUCUAGUCUGGGUAGCAUUGUGUCUUCCAACUCUGUUACCAAAACCUUAACUUAUAUUACAGCCGCCGUAGUCAAUAUAAUGUGCAUAGAGUGUAUAUAUUUAACCAGCAUGUGUUUAAUAAUAUGUAUAUAUCCAUCUCCACUCUUGAGUUUUAUGCUGUUUUAUUGUCAUGUUCAUAAUAUAGUAAAUAUUAUUUUACAUGCAGUAUAUUGCUAGGAGAACUAAAAUUAGCCAGAUCAGCCUUGAAGUGCAGACAUCUGUCUGUGUUUAUUGAUGCACAUUAAUACUCACAGGAUGUACAUAAUGUACUGUUCAGUCAUUUUGUACUUAGAAAUAGAAGUUGUGUUGCUCAUUUCACCCCCAUAUAUUUAUACAUACAAGCUGCCAUGUGUAUAUACGAAUUUUUGUUUGUCUGUACAAAGCCUAUGUGUUUGUACAAUUAACAGAGGGUAAUCCAUAGUUUGGUGCUGCAGCUGUGGGUUUCAAUGCAGCACCUUAUUAGGAACCAUUAUGCCAUCACUGUGAAGACUUGACCUUGUGGUCACUAGGACCUGUUGCUUUACUCUGCUUUCUCAGCUCGGUAUGUAGACGCGUUUCAUUCUUCAUCAGUGAAACACUUCCAGCACAAGCGCUUGCAAAAUCCUCAAGAGAUUUGAAUGAGCUUGAACUUUAUCCUCAGGUGCAAACACACCUGUGAGAGUGCCUUCAACUGCAGUUUCAGUUUUCAAAAACAAAGCAUUUAGAUCUAAAGCAGAAACUAGACUUAAUUAAUCCAUUCGCUGCUGUGUAUCUGUUAAAAGGUUGCAAAAGUAAGCAUUGCAAUCUGAGCGAUAUCUCCAUAUAUUUCCGAAAUUCGCCUCCUUCAGCUCUGCCAACACCAAAGCGCUCACCAAGCAUUGAAGGUAGACCGUGGAGCCACAUAUCUUUCUUGCAGGCUUCUAGAGCCUCUGUACUCAAUUUACUCAAACCAUAUUUACUCACUCCUUUCAGUGUAGAAGAGCAGCAAACAAAAUCCUCGCCUGACUUCAUUUCCACUCAUUUUGGUGGCAUUUUGGUCACUCUUCACAUCUUCUCCAAAAAAGGAAGUAACUCUUAGUCUCAAGAAAUGUUGUCCAAAUGACAGUGUGUUAUCAAGCCUUGGGGUCCUUCUUUUUUUUAUUUUGGUGGGUUUUUUUUUUUGCUUUUUGAGGAAUAUUAUAUCAUCAGCAAAAUUGUCAAGAAUUCAGGUUGAAUGGAAAUGCUCCUUUAUUUUAUCUAAUAGUACAUAUCUUUAUAAUUACAACUACAGUCUAUGUACCCACAGUUCUAAACCCUUUCUGGUUAAUACAUGACAUUAUGUCAAGAUUGGUUUAUGUGCAAAGAAAAACCUUUACAAGUGUUCUGCUACUCUGCACAUGGUCAUAAAAAUACAUGAAAAUGAACACGAUGCUAGUUUAGUUAGUAUGUAAGGAUAGGCUGGGGAUUAAAGUUACAUUUAGCUGUGGAGAUAGAGAGCAAAGAACCAGAAACAGACUGGGAAUAGUAGGGCUGGAGAAUGUCAGCUCCUAAAAUCUACAUCUGCGGCUGGAAACGUUUUUAAGAUUUAGUUAAUAAAGAUUCUGAACAUGAACAAGUCCUGCACCCUUUAGAACUGUCCUGGUUUCUUCUGUGAACAUUAUAAAUCAAACCUCCACUACUAGAUAUGGAGGUUGAAGGACUCAUAGCAAAACCCUGACCAAGAAGCAGCAUGUACACUACAUUACUCAGGACAUUUGAAGUAGGUGAGUAAAGGUAGGUGCUUGUUCAAGCAUUCCAGAGCUUUUAUAGUGUUCAUCAUCCAGUACUUUAGUCACGCCGUUCUUCCUUAGCCAAUGUGCCACUUUGGCCAUUUUGAAUGGCCAAAGUGGCACAUUGGUGGCACAUAUUCAUGGUUGGACAAACUUCAACCAAGACAGUGAAACAAAGGAGACAACUUGCUAAACUCCUCUAUACAGAUCUACCACUCCAGAGAUGUUCAGCUGCUUCAGCCCAAAAAUCUGGUCAGUCCUGAACAAGUCACAACCCUGAGAUUAUUAACAGAAUGCAUUUUAGGCAAACUGAGAAGAUUAUCUCUGUACAUGUCCAACAGCAAGAACAGCCUUUUUUAAAGUCAUGCCAAAACAUCUCUGUUUGAUUUAGGUCCAGUUUUUGGUAACUGGUCUCCAUUUGGUCUGAGAACAAACCUUGAACACACAAAUGUUUUUCCCAGCAAACAUGUUUUUAAUAUUUAUUUUGACAUAAAAUUUACACUACAUGUCAGUGAACCCAAGUAAAACCUACACAUGUGUGUACUCUUUGGGUGCUUCUUGUUGAUGUACCCAAAGAGUACUCCUUUGCUUUUGGACAAGAUUUUUUUUUUAAUCAGUCAGAAAUCUUCCUAGAGGAAAAUGGCUGUUGAGGUUUUAUGGUGAAGUUCUUCUCUUUUCACUUCUGUAUUAUGGCUGCAAAUGCCAUCACUGUAUCAUUCAGGAAGAUUGAAACGCAGCAUUUUUUUUUUGUUUGAAACAGAUUUUACCCACUAUAAGGAAUCAUUACUCUGCAAUCUAGUAGGAUUGGUUUCCAUGGUUUCAGUUGAGUUUACGUUGGGUCUUUUUAAACUCCAAAUGUUUAACUAGAUAAGUACAAACGCCCGAGAAGCUACCUGGUGAAAUGACAAGAAGCAAGCCACUACUUCACAUAAUUUGCCCCAGCAAAUCAACUUAAGACUUACUGAAGUACUGAUGUUUUAUGUUAAUUUGAGUCCAACUAUAUCAAACUGAAAUCUCUGAACCUUUAACUUUGAGCUGCCACGUCUCCACAGUCUGCUUGAAUUUACUGAAAUGCUAAAUGCUGGUGACAAAACCACAUUACAAAGAGGAGAAAAGGACUUAAUACACAAGUAAAAACCAUCAUCAUCAUCAUCAUCAUCAUACACCUCUUCUUUUGCAACCUGUAGCUUUACAUACUGUUGCCUUUCUGAACUUGGAGAGAUUAUUGCGUGAGAUUAUUGAUAUUUUAUUGGUAUUUUAUGAUUGUUUCUAUUAUUUUCUUUAAAAUGCUGGUAGAAGACAAGCAGAAUAAAGAAUGUGAAAACUAAGAUUACUUCAAAGUCACCAGUGCUUGAACAUGUAAGUUAUACAAAUAUUUAGGAGUUACGUUUCUUAGUUUCUUGUUAUUCUUCAGACCUUUGCUCACAAUUUCUAUUUUAUGACCUCAAACAUAUUUUUCUCUUUCUGAAGUUUUCACUGAAAUGUUUGGCAUAAACUGUUCAAUCUGCUCUUUGGUUUGGUGAGGAUAGAAACUAAUUAAUGUUCCUUACAUUGAUUAAACACAGACCCCAGACACACUCUAGAUAGUUCAAUUGUACUUUCAUCGGUGUUUACGCUUUCCCCUGAAAUAAAUUACACAAUUCCUGGUGAGCGGCAUAACAGUAUUUCUUAGCUUUUGGUCUCCAAAGCAGAGAUUCCUGAAUGUUUAUUUUUUAUUUGUUGGGGGAUGGGUGGGUCUCCUAUGCAGUUUUUCUUUUGUGCUUUACACUGACCCUUGUGUCUUUAAUCUCUUUAAUGCUUGCAUUUAAAUCUAGGUGUAUUAUUGCUUUUGCCUGCUGUCACCACUAGUCCCAACUCCCUGCCAACCUUGUCAGAUUAGUAUUCUAAAAAAAAAAAGAUGUACAUACUUGAAAAAGUCAACAAUAAAUUUUUGCUUGACAGCACAAAA